AUGUCUCGUCCGGACUACUACAAGGCCUUGAAAUCAUCGGAGAGCCUGGACGCUUUCCACCUCGGCGCGAUCGAAGAAGUGCCUACCCGCGCGAGCCGUGCUGAAGAUGGUAACCGCUCGACGUACGUUGAGUAUGUCGAGGACAUUCAACUGGAGGGGACGGACGAGGAGGACUUUGACGAAGACGCAGAGGAGGACUUCGACGGAAGAAGACAGUUCGGCAAAUAUGCCGCCGCCGGGACUGCUAGACCUACCAGCAGAGAUUCUCCAGCAGAUCAGCCACCAUGUGGACUCCAAGGACGACUGGACAGCCUUACGUCUGACCUGCAACUGUAUACAAGCGGCAACCUACAAGGCCUGACCUGGGACUUCGACUUCAACCACCAAGGCUUAGCAAGGCUCUCCAAAUUCGUAUGGCAGAUGCGCCACCUCGCUGAGACAAUCACUGAGUUGGUGGUGAUCUGCAUCGACGAGAGCAUGGGGGAUUGGGAGUUUGUGGACGUACAAACUGAUCCGUACGGGGAUAAAACCGUGGCCUCGUCCUUCGGAAAAGCUACCUUUGAAGACGGCAUUGUUUCCGAAGUAGCCAAAAAGCGCAACCUGGUCACCAGCUGUGGACUUGUCACUGACCACGAAAAGAAUACCUUCGAGAACCUUACUUACGUCCGCAUACAGGCACUAUUCGAGGUGAUUCGGCAUCUUCGAGGUCUGCGAGCAGCACGUUUCAAACUCAGCGAAGAUGAAGAACCCGUGGCACUCUGCGAUAUUCAGGAGCAGUUCGGCUUCAUCAUGUGGGCCAUGGAGACUGCAAAUAUACGACUCAAACAGCUCGUUGCCCGCAGUGGCCCCGACAGUCAGAUGGCCCUUCAGUCAUACCACAUCUUUCCAUAUCUUCGAAGAGCCCUGUCCGCCGUUGAAGAGGUCCAGCUUGAAGUUUACGUCAAGAAAGGAAUUUAUGAAGGCUAUCCCGGCGACGAGGUCAUCAUGAUUGCAGAAAACUUGGCCUUGGGGCUGAUGCACAUGGAGCGAACUCUCCGGAUACUCAAGCUUGCAUUUUCCUUCGCGAACAAAAUCCCCUCCUUGGUCAUGUUCCAGGUUAUACUGGAAGAGACGAAUUUCCCUCACCUGCGGGAGGUGGACUUCAGCGGCAUUCUGUGCUUCACGAAUCAUUUCGUGCCGUUCCUGCGGCGCCAUAGCGUGACGUUACGUCGCGUGCACAUCAGAGAUGCUAUUUUCUCCACCGGCUUCAGGGCCGAUGAUGGCGACUUCCCCAAUGUCCUCCGCGCCCUGCAGGAUGCCAUCUGA